CCAUUUAAUGCUUGAAACAUGCUUCACUCUCUCACUAAAAAUCACAACUUUCUCUCUCUAAAAUUUCUGGUAUUUCCAACAACUGCGCACCCCUUAAUUUAUUGCUUUACAAACUAUUCAUUCUCCUCUGUUUCACAAAACCCCAGAAAAAAUAUAGACGUUGUCAAACAUUUAUAUAGGAGAGAGAAACAAAGAAGCUUAUUUUAGAGACGUUGGAGAAAUUCUUCUAAGAAAUUCCUCAUUUUUUGGAAUAUCCAUCAUUCUGCAUAUGAUUAGGUUGAAGAUUCAUCCACCUAUCACUGAUUGUUAAAGUUUUUGUAACUGAGCUUGGAUCUUUAAUGUCAAGAAGUGUUUUGGAUUGGUAAAUAGCUAAAAUGGGUGGUGACAAGCAUGGGUCGAAGAGUGGACGUUAUGUUGGCGGCUUCUUUCAGCUGUUUGACUGGAAUGCCAAGUCUCGAAAGAAGUUGUUUUCGAGCAGAUCUGAUUCACCAGAAUACUCGAAGCAAGGAAAGAAAGGAGAGGAGAGUUUUCCUAUGACAAGAAAGCGUGUGGAAGAAGAAGAGGAGUAUGGUGCAUUUGGUGCAGGAUUUAGUGCCAGAGGAGGAAGUGAUUAUAGCUGCGCAUCAUCUGUCACAGAUGAUGACGGUUUUGGAUCAAAAGCUCCUGGGGUAGUGGCCAGGCUCAUGGGAUUGGAUUCCUUACCAAUGUCAAUAGGAAUGGAGUCAUAUCCUUCCCCCUUCUUUGACUCUAUCUCUCUAGGAGAGGCUCCAUUUAGAGGAAGAAAUCUCGACUUUUAUCAUGAUCAUCAAGUUAUGCAUUCAAGCCACCUAUUUGACAAAAUGGAGCCUACAACUAGGAAUAAUGACUUUGAAACUAGAUCUAUGAAGUUGCCUAACAGACCAAUUGAGAAGUUUCAAACUGAUACUUUGCCUCCAAAGUCAGCCAAAACAAUCCCAAUCACUCAUCAUAAGCUUUUAUCGCCAAUCAAGAGCCCUAUUUUUGUCCCGUCCCAAGAUGCAGCUCACAUUAUGGAAGCUGCUGCAAAAAUAAUUGAGCCUGGGCCAUCAGCAACUCCCCGAGCUAAGAUAUCUUCAGCUGGAUCAUCCUCGGUUCCUUUGAAAGUUAGAGAAAUAAGGGAGAAACUGGAAGCAGCGCAGAAACCGUCCAGGGCUCCUGUAUUAACGCAAAGGCAAGUUGAAUCCAAUGCUGCCAAGUAUCUAAAAGGACAGCCUAUGAAUAGGAGUUGGAAUGGUCUAAAUGAGACGUCAUCAUUUAGGGCAUCCCCGAGUAGAGAGGAUAGUUCUGCUGCUGUAAAGAAAAAGGGAAAGUCAAUUUCGCUUGCCAUACAAGCAAAGGUUAAUGUACAGAAAAGGGAAGGCUUGACUUCAAACAGUAGGAGUUUGGGAGAUUCAGAAGAACAGGAUGAUAGCAAGUCAAGUCAGUCAUCAAGGAACCAAGCAAGUGGUCCAAAGUUCUCAAAUAGGAAAUCUUUGAACCAAAGUGCUUCUUCUGUACUACGACAAAAUAACCAAAAACAGAACUGCCCUCCACAUAGGGAGAGAUCUUCUGCUCCUAAGGCUUCUGUUACUACAACUAUUGGUAAAAAGCCAUAUUCUGAGGAUACUUCUCAUAGCCGACAAAAAAGUUUAGCUCGAGAAGCUGGGACCUCAAGAACAAGUUCGAGGAAAUCUAGCUUGCAUGCAAGGGACGUUGUUGAUAAGGGAGUUCCUUAUGCUGGAGUGAGAAAUGUUCCUAGAAAGAAAAGGUCAAUAGAUGGGAAUCUGCAAUACAAUAAGAAUCAAGUUCCUGAAAAACCAAGCCAAUCUACUGUAAUGGCUGAUAAGCAAUUUAAUUGGAUAGAAGAAAGCCGAAGGAAAGGAAUGGAUGUUGUUUCAUUUACAUUCACUGCUCCUAUCACCCGAUCACAGCUUGGUUCAGAGCCUUCUAGACAGUUGGUUGAAAAAGGCAGCAACAUUUGCUUUGAUGAUGGAAGCAAAAUGCUGACCAACUCAGAUCUGACAAGGUUAUCUUCUCCUGGAUUAAACGGGAUAAAGGGUGAUGCUUUGAGUAAAUUGCUAGAGCAGAAGCUAAAAGAACUAACAUCAAACUUUGAGAAUUCCCAUAGCACCAUUGUCAAAACUGGUACUGCUGCAGAAUCAGCAGUGGUACCUGGCAGUGCAGAGAGUGCCACAGGGAAGGCCCGAGAAAAAAUGUCUCAACAAGAGCCACUAGACACAGAUAGCCAUAUCUAUCCUGGAUUGUUUGACUAUGAAGCUGAACAGUUCACAAGGAAAUUCAGUUUUCAGGCAGGGGAAGCAAUGGAAAAAUACAGCCACGACAAAGUUGAAGCUAAAAAAUGGAAUGAUUGUCACUCACCUAGUCCUGUUUCCAUUCUGGAACCUUCUAUUUUGACAGAAAGUUGCUGUUCUUCAGAAAGCAUGGCAAGUAGCAUCACGGAAGAGAGCAAACAACAAUGUUCAUCAGUUCAGGCUCAGCAAGAAUUUGGUCCGGAUUCUUUACAAAAGUCACAAGCUAGUAGGGAAGCUGAUGCAGAGGUAUCAGAUUCAGCUUCAUCAACAUCUUCUCAAAUUACUUCAGAAAAGUACUCCAUGAAAUCAACAGCAUGGGAAUUAGGAUAUGUAAAAGACAUACUCUGCAAUGUGGAGUUGAUGUUUAAGGAUUAUGUAGCAGGUCGAACACGUGAGAUAGUAAAUCCACACCUGUUUGAUCAGAUGGAAAGACGACAAGGAGGUGGAAAGGAUGAGUUUAAACUAGAGAGGAAAAUGUUGUUUGAUUGUGUCAGUGAAUGUUUAGAUUUGAAGUGUCAGCGUUUCGUGGGUGGUGGGUUAGAAAUGUGGAAAAAAGGCAUUGCAACAUUGAAGAGAAAGGAAAGACUGGCUGAAGAAGUGUACAAGGAGAUCCAGGGUUGGAGAAACCUGGGAAAUAGUAUGGUGGAUGAGCUCGUCAACAAAGAUAUGAGCAGUAAAUAUGGGAGAUGGCUAGAUUUUGAAGUUGAUGAAUUUAUGGUUGGAGUAGACAUUGAAGACCAGAUCUUAGAUUCUUUGGUUGGGGAGAUAGUUUCUGAUGUCUUAUCUUUACAAUAAUAAUUUGGCGUGUAAAAUGUAAUUUACAAUCAAGUACAAUUCUUUUGUAAUACCACCUAUUUAGUGGGUUUCAUCCUUGAUUAAUGAUUGUUUUUGCAAA